AAACCAAAAGAGUGAAAUCAACUACGAUCGGGCUCACAGUUUCCAUUGAAGCCAUGGCGACUUUCAAAAAGACUUACUUUCUCUGUCCCACCACUGAGUUCAUUCAGGCGCCUCCUGCUGGACCUUUACGGCUAGGCUCCAUACUUCGUUCCACAGCGACACCCCAGUAUCCUCUCAAUGGCACGCAUAUUAUUUCCCUUCCACAGGACCCUUCUUCUAUAGUAGAGACCGCUUGGAAGAAAACAGUCUCGGCCGAAACGGGGAUGGGACUCGGGGUCUAUGCACAAUUCCUACAACUUGGUCUUGGUCCCGAAGCCAGUGUCGAUCAUUCCAGCCAAGCAUCGAGCGUCUUUUCAUUUGAUUCCAUGACAACGGUGUCUUUCGACCCAGAGCCAGAGUAUGUCAAGGAAGCAAUUAAAGCGCCUGCUGUGCAGGCCUACUUAAGAGAGCCGAAGCAGCGCUUCGCUCCCAUCGUCUCACUCUACGUCGUGACCGGCUUGAAGCUCGUCAAAGGCGCAAACAUCAAGUACUCGACAUCGAGCAGCACUGACGCCAAAGCAAAUAUCGGCAUCAAUGUGGCCCCUCUCGGCCUGACCAUUGGCCCGAAAGGCCACUGGACGAAAAAGAGUGAUGAUGAAACUGAGUUCAGCAGGGAGUCUGAAUUCGUUUUCGCGUUUCGCGUGAAACGGCUCAAGUUUGGACUUGGAAGAAAGCUGGAGGCAGAAGGUUAUACAAAAGGUGCAUUCCUGAUGACUGGAAAGGGAGAUGACAACGAGCAGGAGGCCUGUCUGAUGGAAGACUUUGAUGGCUCUUCUUGCGCAAAUGCUAGUUUUGUAAGUGAUGCUACUGAAGGCGAGAAAGUGUACUGCGUUCCCACAUGAUCUAGAACUGGCCUUGCUGGAUAUCUUGGCGGACACAUAACGACAGGCUUUCUCUGAGUCGACAUAUUAUUGAGAACCUUAUUCGAGUGACCAUUUUCCUUCUGGUUAAUUACUGUAACAUCUCGCCCCUUAUUUGCUUGAUUCUGUUAUAUACAUCCUCCCUUGACGA